AUGUCUGUGCACGACGCAACAACCGCAUCCGCAUCGUCUACCACACCGCCCGGACCUCUACUGCAUAUCCGGACGGACCCCUACGCCGGCAGGAAAUAUCACGCAACUUCCCCGCUACCCGAGAACGCCGAUCUCCUGGGUUCCUGCGCGCCCUUCUCCUACACUAUCUGGAAGCGCUUCCGGAACGAGGUCUGUGCGGAGUGCUGGCGAUAUGACCGUGGGCGGCGGUCCUUCCUUACCCGACGCGACGACGAAGGUCUCGGAGAGCACGUCCCCCCAGAUGCAUCAACAGGCACUCAGAACGUUCGGCAGAACGCACCUCGGGGCCCGAAACCUACCAGUACAACAGGUGCAGGGCUCUGGUUCUGCGACGCGGCGUGCCAGCGGAGCUGGAUCGCACGAGAAGGUGCUGACGCGGUGGGUCUGCUCAGACAGCUGGAGGGGGCCCGCCGGAAGGCGAGGCCGAAACCGCAACCGCAACCGGUACCGCGGGGAGAUGCUGAGAGGGAGCUUACGCAGGAAACCGUGGACCGAGCCUGGGACGCGGUGCGCGAGCGAGAGAGGUCGCCGAAAGAGGUGCGGAAGUGGCGGGACAUCCAACUGGACGACUACGAGACGGACAUGGCGCGAUACGUCCUCCUCGCGUUCCUCCGCUAUCAUCGUGAGCGAUGCGAGCGCCAUGCCGACGAGGUGCAGUCGCCUCCUUUGACCGGUCGUCCUCCGUAUUCGUGCACGUUGGGAAGGCUUCCCUCGUAUCAGUCAGGUGUGCGACCGGACGGACUUCUAGAUACAAAUCCAAUAGAGGCGAAAGAGGGUUAUGAACAAGGUUCGGAGUGGAGCACGUUCGCAUCUCUCCAGUCAAACGAGUUAUCGCUCCUCCGCGCGUGCCCCGAGAUCCUGGAGCACCAAACGAGGGUCUACCAGCUUCUGAGGGGCCGCUUCGGCCGUUCUAGCGUCGCGGCGGAUUCCGUUCCCGCUCCUUCGAGAAGACGUCCGCUCUCCGCGUCAUCUCCACCCAAACUUCCUGGCUCGACGGCAGAUGUUGGUGGCCCGCGCGAGAAGCCAGCCGGAGGUGAUAGCGCGACCGAGAACGGGACGCCGGAGUUGGGGGACAUCAUAACGGUCGCGGGUGUCCGAACGGCUUUGGGCAUAGACCCUGGAAAUUCCUUCGGCGUGUGGGAAGUGCCGCUCAUGGAUGAGAGCGAGUGUCUUGGGUUCGCGGUGUACCCUAUAGCGUCCUUCUUCAACCAUCAUUGUUCGCCAAAUGUCCGGAAAGAAAGAGAAGGCCGGACGUUACGGUUUGUGACCACACGCACCGUGGAAGAAGGCGAAGAACUGUGUAUUAGCUAUGGGCAUGUGGAAGGGAUGGAUUGGGCGACGAGACAACAGGAGUUGUUGGAGGGUUGGUACUUCAGUUGCCGGUGUAGUCGCUGCAAGUCUGAAGACCCGAGAGGAGCGCAAACCUGAGGCGGCUGUGAAUGUCAGAGUGACUGCCAAGAGACAUACAUACGUAGAUAUCAUGGAGCUGAAGCCGACAGGAUCUGUACAACUAUGAGUAAUAUGUAUGUUCAGGACGC